AUGGACAUUUCUAUAGUUUCAAAAUCCAUAAAUUGCAUCCAUUGUGUUAUAGAACCUCAUUUAUCCUCUCCAAGAUGGGAGCUUUUCUGUGUUUAUGGGCCUUCUGCUCAACAUCAUAGGAAUGGUUUUUGGAGACACAUGAACAACACUCUAGAAACUGUUGAAGGGGCAUGGUGCAUGAUAGGCGACUUAAACACCCUCAUGCAUCAAUACGAAAAGCAAGGUGGCUCAUCAACUACAGAUAUCAACUGCGAGGAAUUCAUAACUAUGAUAAGGGAAAGAGAUAUUCUUGAUCUUGGGUAUGCUGGACCUGCCUUCACUUGGUCUAACAAUUCCACCCUAAACAAUCCAACAUUUGAGAGACUUGACAGAGCAGUCUGUAACUCAGAAUGGAGAAUCCUUUUCUCAGAUGCUGCAGUCUUACACCUGCCGAGAAUCGAAAGUGAUCACUCACCCAUAAUCCUCAAUACUAUGAGGAAACCACCCAAGAGAAAACAAAACUAUAAGUUUGAGUUUUAUUGGGCUGAUCACCCACAGUUCAAAGAGGUAAUGCAAAAUAGCUGGUACAAUUCUGCAGGAAGCACAAUAUCAAGAUUAACAACGUUGGGUGAAGGUCUUUGGAAGUGGAGCAUGAAAACUUUUGGAGACACAAGAAGGGAGAUAGAAAUGGAGAAACAAAAGCUGAUUGAUCUGCAAUCAUCUUCACACCAGAGAGGAGGAGAAAGCCAUCUGUGA